AUGAUAGAGGCACUUCAACAAAUUUUCCCUAAAGUCCGUAUAAUUGGAUGCCUAUUUCAUUUCAAACAAGCUUUACACAGGAAACUUGUAGCACUUUAUACAAAAAAUUUCAAUACUUUACAAAAUUCUUUAUUUAAGCUAUAUUCUAUUACUCCAUUCAUGUCUCAUGAAGAAUUUGUACUUACAAUGCAUAUAAUUAAUCAAAAUAAAGUUGAUUCGAUCAAAGAUUAUAUUGAUUAUUUCAACAAAGUUUGGUUGCCGCACUACAAUUUAAUAUCUCAAUAUAAUAAUGCAACUGCAAUAUUCACUAAUGAUUGCCUCGAGAGUAUGCAUUCAGAAUUUUCUUCGUUAAAACAUCCAAACAUUUAUGAAGCUAUUAAGAAGAUAUCUCAAAUCCAAUUAGAUAAAUAUAACGCCAUCAAAAAUAACCAGAAGAUCGAGCGCCAUAUAAAAACCGUUAUCACUGAUAGCUACAAAAAUUAUAUUCUUGACUGCUUUCAAAAAGAACUUGAGAAAACAAUUUUUUCUAUCAAACAAUACAACGUAAGUGAUCUUUCUUUGGCUCAGAACGAGAUUUCUCCAUAUGGUUCCAUAGAAUCGAGUUCAUUGUUCGAAAAUAUUCCAGUUCAUGAUGCAGAUAUACUCAAAUCGAUCGAUCUAACAGAUAAAGAUACAAUGAUCACUAAGUUUAUUAAUGAAAAAAGAGAAAAAAUUAUGGCAUUAUUUAA